CAAGUGGAGAGCUCCAGGAGUGUCAGAAGACUGCCCACGAAGGAACUCAGCACUGCGUCCCUUCAGCUCAGCCACCUCUGCCACCACCGCCGCCUCCACCUCCGAGAUGCUCGUCCGAGCUCUGCUGCUCUGUGCCGCUGUGGCGCUCAGCCAGGCAGCAAAUCCUUGCUGUUCCAACCCCUGUCAAAACCGUGGAGAAUGUAUGAGCGUAGGAUUUGACCAGUAUAAAUGUGAUUGUACCCGGACAGGAUUCUACGGUGAAAACUGCACUAUACCUGAGUUUCUGACAAGAAUUAAAUUGCUGCUGAAGCCCACCCCAGACACAGUACACUACAUCCUGACCCACUUUAAGGGAGUCUGGAACAUUGUGAAUAACAUCCCCUUCCUUCGAAGUUCAAUCAUGAGAUAUGUGUUGACGUCCAGAUCACAUUUGAUUGACAGUCCACCAACUUACAAUGUGCACUAUGGUUACAAAAACUGGGAAGCCUUCUCCAACCUCUCCUACUACACCAGAGCCCUUCCUCCUGUGGCUGAUGACUGCCCAACUCCCAUGGGUGUGAAAGGAAAUAAGGAGCUUCCUGAUUCAAAAGAAGUUCUGGAAAAAGUUCUUCUAAGGAGAAAGUUCAUCCCUGAUCCCCAGGGCUCGAAUAUGAUGUUUGCAUUCUUUGCCCAGCACUUCACUCAUCAGUUUUUCAAGACAGAUCAGAAACGAGGACCUGGAUUCACCCGAGGACUAGGCCAUGGGGUGGACUUAAACCAUAUUUAUGGUGAAACUCUAGACAGACAACAUAAACUGCGCCUUUUCAAGGAUGGAAAAUUGAAAUAUCAGGUCAUUGAUGGAGAGGUGUACCCUCCCACAGUCAAAGACACCCAGGUGGAGAUGAUCUACCCCCCUCACAUUCCAGAGCACCUUCGGUUCGCUGUAGGGCAGGAGGUCUUUGGUCUGGUGCCUGGUCUGAUGAUGUAUGCUACCAUCUGGCUGCGGGAGCACAACCGAGUGUGUGAUGUGCUUAAACAGGAGCAUCCUGAGUGGGAUGAUGAGCGGUUAUUCCAGACCAGCAGGCUCAUACUGAUAGGGGAGACUAUCAAGAUUGUGAUUGAAGACUAUGUGCAGCACCUGAGUGGCUACCACUUCAAACUCAAGUUCGACCCGGAGCUGCUUUUCAACCAGCAGUUCCAGUAUCAGAACCGCAUCGCAGCCGAAUUCAGCACACUGUACCACUGGCACCCCUUGCUGCCUGACACCUUUCAAAUCGAGGACCAGGAGUACAACUUCAAACAGUUCCUCUACAACAACUCCAUCCUCAUCCAGCACGGACUCACCCAGUUUGUUGAGUCAUUCACCAGACAGAUCGCUGGGAGGGUUGCUGGGGGUAGGAAUGUUCCAGUUGCAGUAAAAGCAGUGGCAAAGGCCUCCAUUGACCAGAGCAGGGAGAUGAAAUACCAGUCCCUCAAUGAGUACCGCAAACGAUUCUCCCUGAAGCCAUAUACAUCAUUUGAAGAACUGACAGGAGAGAAAGAAAUGGCCGCAGAGUUGAAAGCCCUCUACAGUGACAUCGAUGCCAUGGAGCUGUAUCCUGCCUUGCUGGUGGAAAAGCCUCGUCCAGAUGCUAUCUUUGGGGAGACCAUGGUAGAACUUGGAGCACCAUUCUCCUUGAAAGGACUUAUGGGUAAUCCCAUCUGUUCUCCUCAGUACUGGAAGCCGAGCACUUUUGGAGGUGAUGUGGGGUUUAAGAUCAUCAACACUGCCUCAAUUCAGUCUCUCAUCUGUAAUAAUGUGAAGGGCUGCCCUUUCACCUCCUUCAAUGUACAAGAUCCAGAGCCUACCAAAACCAUCAAUGCAAGUGACUCCCAUUCCAGACUAGACGACAUCAACCCCACAGUGCUAAUCAAAGGGCGUUCAACUGAGCUGUAGAAGUCUAUUGGUUAUAUUUAUUUAUUUAUAUGAACAAUUUAAUUUAAUUAUUUAAUAUUUAUACUGAAUGCCCUUUUCACUUAACAUCUUCUAUCACAGAAGGCAAUGUCCUGAACGAUAUUACAUUUGUGAAGAUUCCCAUGUUUGUGCUUUAAGUAUGUGUUGCCCUCAAGUGAAAGAGAAAAACAGCUUUCACUUUUUUUACAUAAAACAGUGGGGAGUGCAUUGUGAUAAUUUUUUACUUGAAUUUCAGCUCAUAGGAUAUCUUAAUAAAAGCAAAGGAAAGGUGUUUGGAUACUUAAAUGCUGUUACAACAUGACAGAUGCUGCAAGUAUCUACACUGUUCAUUAUGACUGCAUCUUCCUUGCUACAUUAGGAGCAGCUAAUGGGGAAUGUUAAAGAACUCUUGCAUAUCUUUAGCUCAUCAGACAAAAGGUUAAAAGUUCAGUUUUCGAUGAACAUUUGUGGCAGAUACUGCCAACAAGUUCAUUUUAAAAGGGAAUGAUUUGAAAGUUCUAAAUUGAGAGCUUGUAUCCCUUUUGAAUGCUCUCACUUUCUUAAGCUGUUAAUCUUGGACCCAUACCAAUAAAACACCUGUCAUAAACAUAAAUCUCUAAAACUAGUAGAAAUUACAUUGUGAUUAAUGGUUAAAAAAACUAUGUCAGGGAUUUUCUUUUCUCAGUAGGAGGGAAAUGCUUACUGUGAUGAUAAGACCUUCCUUGUAAUUCAAGAUGCCAGUAUAGGAAGGGGGUUGGGCUCCUGCUGUUGUAUUUUUAAGAGUAUGAUCUUUAAAGAGUUUGAUUAUAUGAGUAGUAGUAAGCAAAUCUUCAACAACAAAAGAUUUACAAAUAAAAUAACCAAGAACAAAGAAGGAUCCCAAAUUAAAUAUCACAUUUGGGGUUACACUUCAGAAGAAGGCUUUUUGAUUCUUGUGUGAUGCUGGCAUGGUACUCAACAGGUUUUUGCUGUGAGGUUAAUGACUUAGCAAGCUGGACUUCAGCAGUUUUUCUCUUGCACGGUGUGAUGUAACAAACAGUCCAUCUCACAAUGCCAAACAUAUCAAUGGCCUUGUGAGCUUCUUCCAAGUGUUGAAAUCUACACCUGCUCAUGUACCUGAAGUGCAGUGGACCCCGUGCCCUGUGUGAGUCCAGCCUGGAUGCCAGCAUGCUGCUCCUCGCAUUGCUUUUUCUUGUCACCAUCUUACUAUGAGAAACUGCUGACUGUUUUCUUUUCUUUGCUGUCUUCCAGGUUUGUAAUAUCAGGUCUAUUCUCUCUUUAACCUCUAUUAACAUUUUUUCUACUUGAAAUUUUACAUUCAGGAAGACCUCAACUCAGGACUACUGGGUACUCCCCUGUGGAGGAGUAAAUUCAUUUUAGGCAGAAGGCAGAAAUUUUUACUUAUAAUUAGUUAUACUAAAGGACCCUAUCAAGGCAUGAGUGUCUUAUAGAAAAAUGUAGGGGUUUGUGACAAGAAAGUUACAUUCUAGUUGUGAAGAAUGGCUUUCUUACUUACAAACAAGUUUGGUUAGUGAGUAGUUCUGGGCAAUAAUAAUAAAUGUAAAACAAUACUGAAGAUAAUUCUACAUCUCAUUAUCAGCUGAGGUACUGUAUAUUACUUAAUUUAUUGAGGAUGAUUAUGUCUUUUAGACAUUAUUGUUAUAAACUAUGUUUAAACCUACAAAUGUUUGUUUUUGCAUUGUGUGAGAAUCAGUGUACCUUUUUUUUUUGUGUGUGUGAUUACCUCUCUGAAUUCCUGUGUAAACAAUCAAAUAAAAUGAUGAGAUUAAUGUUCAUGGGUAAAUUUUAAGAAAACUAGUCUGUUAUAUUGGGAAGUUAAAGGUGGAAUUUACACAUAUAGUAGACUGCAGAGAGCAUUGUCUCACCAAAACAUGUUACAAAGACUAACAUCUUAGACAUUUUGAAGGCCCUGUAGGUGCUUUAUCAAUUAGUUAAAACAUACCUUAUUAAGAAAUUGUCUUCAAAGCACUAUAAGCAUUAGUAUUCACAGGUCAAGAACUGUUACAGAUAAUAGUUAUGUAAAUAACUGAUUAUUAAGAGAGAGAUUUAUUUUGCUACAAAGAUUACAAAAUAUUUUAAAGAUUAUAUGCUUAAAAUGAUUUGAUUGGAAAAACGAUCGACUUUAGAAAAAAUUUGUUUAAAGAUUGUUACUGUAAUGGAUUUUUUUUCUUUUUGAAUCAAGCUAACUUGAUUGUUGUGAACAUGAACCUGCUGAAUGAACCUGGAAAUUCAGGUUAAGUGUGUGUCUGCUACAGUGCCUGAGAGAAAUGUGUAUUUAAAUUAACUUAUGUAAAAAAGAAGUCUUAGAACAAAUGCUUGUUUAUUUUUAUACUAUUUAAGAUUUGAACACUUCUGAAAAUAAAAUUUGAUUGUUUCUUUACA